AUGAUCAGGUUGACAGUUAUUUUCUACGACAGAGCUGGAGGUUAUCGCCUGCUGCAGGAUAAGUCCGCCUCAGCGAACCCGGAGACGCCGUUCUGGUCCGAACAGCCAAUCCGGAUCCCCGACGGACCGGAACGGAGGGAAAAUACGAAUUUUGUCUUUCCCGGUGAGGUCGAGACGUUACCUGUCACCUGCAACGGAAGAGUCUCUCUCGAGGAGAAAGGGAAGCAAAAUGGCGCCUGUCGCAGCACCUGGACGACUCGCACUCUGAGGUCGGGUGCGAAACCCACCGGGGUCGAGGACCUGAACCUGCAGGAGGUGUACAACGAGAGGCACCGACUGGCUCUGGAGGAGCUGCUGUCGGGGGGGCUCGACGACUUUCUGGACUUCCUCGGGAAGGAGAAGAUCCCCAACUUCCUGUCGGACGAUGAGAUGCAGCGCGUGAGGACCGCCGCCGUGCUGCCGCGGUGCGUGUCCCUGCUCCACGGGGAGGACCAGGCGCCGGAGCAGUCGGUCGGCAGCUCCAUGGACUGCUCCUCCGUCACCUAUUUCCCCGAGGUAUCGGACGUGGAGCCCCCCUGCUGGAGAUGGGCUUGGCCCGGCUUCACCGCCGGCUCGUACCGGGGUGUCACGCGGGCCGUGGCCCACUUCCAGCCCAGCUACGGGGACUGCAUCUACAGCUGCAAGGAGGCUGCGCGGCGCAUGAUUAAAAGUGCCAGAGAGGUGAUUGCCAUAGUUACUGACUCCCUGACGGACCUGGAUAUCUUUAAGGAUCUUCAGGAGGCCUGCUCUCAGCGCAAAGUCCCCGUCUACAUCCUGCUGGACCAAUCGAGCGCCCCCGCUUUCCUCAAGAUGUGCAAAAAUGUCGGCGUUCGACUGGAUGACCUCCGGCAAAUGAGAGUGCGAACCAUAACUGGUACAACUUAUUACAUGAGAUCUGGAGCGAGGAUUACCGGGAAGGUACACGAGCGGUUCAUGCUGAUUGAUGGAAACAGAGUGGCGACAGGUUCCUACAGGUACAACUGGACCGAUGGCAAACUAAACAGCAGCAACCUCAUCGAGCUUUCCGGUCAGAUAACAGAGAAAUUUGACGAGGAGUUCCGCAUCCUCUACGCCCAGUCGUUACCCAUGAGCACUCGAGGACCUCCGAGUGUGCGAAACAGCGCCAUCUACGAGCACGUCCUCCUCAAAUACUCGGUCGCCUCUUGCUCCCCUCGUCUGACCAGCACGCCCAGCCGUAAGCCCCCGAUCGUCACUGUCCGGACCCCGUGCGAACCCUCGACUCCGGACCGCCCCCGAUCCGGCCCGCUGUCCGACUCCUCCACUGUAAGUGACGGCUGGACGGAGCCGCAGGACACGCAGGAGGACAUCCUGGCCGGCAGCACCGCUGCCACUGUUCCUGCGGAUCAGCGAGCGGAGAAAGAGCCGGCGCCCGUCUGCUGCCACGCCGCCACUCAGACCGGCCGGUCGGUGGCGGACGGCGACACUCGAGCCGACCCCGAGCUCACGCAGCGCCCCGACCUCAUCGCACCGACGAGCGCAGUGCCAAACCAGGCGCCCUCUCCGUCGCUCACCUCGCCGAGACGGGGCUCGCCGGCCCCGGCCUCUCCAGAUGGCACCUCGAAGGACUCCUUCCACAAGCUGACCAAAGAGCGCCAUCGCCACUACUCCGCCAUCCGCUCCAAGCUGGAGCACAUGGUGACCCGGGUGUCCGAGAGGCGAGAGCUGGCGGACGUCACCAACAUGACCCGCGGCGGGCAGAGGGCACACACGGACUGUGAGCAGGAACCAAACCCCAGACUGCUUGUUGAAAGCCCCGGCACGUGGCCGAGAGCCAGAUGUGUACACUAGUCUGUCUUCAGGAGACGGAGACGGAGACGGAGGGCUUCAAGUAAACGGUUUAGUGCAGUGGAACUGUAGCUUUCUUCUAUUUGUCUUGUGUUUCAUGUAGUGUAUCAUAAUCAACACGCAUUAUAAUUGUUUUUUUUCUCCCAGGACACAUAGCAAUAUGCAUUGUUUGUCCGUGUCAGUUUUAAGGAAAAUGAUUUUUGCUGAGCCGGUUAAAACUGGAAAGCAAAUACACUGAAGCUCUUUUUUUUUGGAUCAUUUAAUCCCAUUUGGCUGCUAACGACAUAUAAGAGAGCAGCUGGCUCUCUCGGCGCUUUCUGAAUAAACAGGAGUGUUUCGCUUGAUGGAUGCUUAUUUUAUUUUGGCUCUUCAAACAAUUUGUGUUCCAUUUAAAGCUUCACUUUAAGCUCACGGGCAUACAUUUCACAGACACUUUAAAAAAGAGAAGAAUACUGAGAUAUGGUAUGUCGGCACCGUUCAGGCAAAUCGCAUUGAUUAAGAAACUUUUUUUUUU